AUGGUAAGAACACGAGGUUCAUCUUUUAGUUCUCGUGGAGAGAGUUCUAGAGGAGAAAGUUCUCGAGGAGAGAGUUUUGCACAGGGUGAAGUCGAGGACCGAACGUUUGAGGAGGAGGCAUAUCAGGCCUAUGAGGGUCCUGUUCACGAGGAGGCAUUUGAGGCUCCUCAUGACGAUAAUGAGGAGGAGGAACAUGUCGAUGUUCCUGACAUACAGGAGGAGGAUGUCGGUGGAUUUCCUGGAAGUCCACGUGAUGCUUCAUUGCUGACACACUAUGUUCAGCAUGUUGCAUACGGCAUUUCGCAGGGCCGGGAUCGAGGGGAGAUACUGAAGUUGAUCUCCCAUGGUAAAAAAAUUAAUAAGUUAGGACUGUGCGCCGAAGGAAUUCAACACAUUGUGUUGAAUUCCGCUUUGAUGCCUCUCACAGAUAUUUGCUAUGAUUACGUUGAUAAGGGCUUGUUGCUCGGUUUCAUAGAGAGAUGA